AUGGGCAUAGUUGCCAGCGACGAGCACAAGAUCCUCGUCUUUGUCAGCCGGAAAAAUCUGGCGGACACGCUCGCCAAGCGUUUGCAGAGCGAGGGCUUCAAGGCCAAUGUCAUGCAUGGUGGGAAGUCGCAAGAGUCGCGGCUGAACACCUUAGAGGACUUUCGAAAUGGAAAGGUCAAGCUCCUGGUGACAACAGACGUCAUGGGCCGGGGCCUUGACAUCCCGGGCAUCUCCCACGUCGUCAUCUUCGACAUGGGUGACAUCGAAGACUACGUCCACCGGAUAGGCCGAACCGCUCGCGGGCCCUACGGUAAGGGCCACGCGCUGACCUUCUUCGAGUACGACAAGAAGUGGCCGAACCUCCCUAGGCAACUUCUAGAAGUGCUGGAGACCUCCGGCCAGGAGGACGGCUUCACGCCCAUGUAUCGAUACGCGGAACAUCGGACCGUCGGUGUAUUGGUCGGGUGGCAGGGUGGCAAUUAG